CACAGCGGAAGGAGACGUCGUUGCUCCUGCAGGACAAUGUGAGACACCGACACGGAGUUAGCCCCAGACGCAAGUGAUCCAGCCCCGCACAGCCCCGCCGGGAUGGACGCGGGCUCCGCGUAAACACGCACCGCAGCAACACCGUCGAGGCGUCUUUACAUUUUCCACACGCUUUCUGGUGCGCCAGGAUUCGGCUGCACGGCCAUGGGAUCGGGCCGCUGAGCGGAGCGCGGCGGCAGGGCCGAGAGAACUGGGAAGAUGGGUGUCGCGCUGCGGACUCUGUUGUUGUGUAGUUUUUGUUUCGUCGUUCGAGCCGUGCCGCUGCUGCUGUAUGCGAACCGACGGGAUCUGUGUCUGGUGGAUGCGGCGCAUGGAAAGGCCAAUGCCACGGUGGUGGUGGGGGGGCUGGAGGACGCCGCCGCCGUGGACUACGUCUACUCCGAGGGCCUCAUUUACUGGAGCGAUGUGAGCGAGGAGGCCAUCAAACGCACCGUCUUCAACCAGUCGGGCGCCAGCUCGGUCCAGACGGUGGUGCCGGGUCUGGCGUCCCCAGACGGUAUCGCCUGCGACUGGUUAGCGAAAAAACUUUACUGGACGGACUCGGAUACUAAUCGGAUCGAGGUGUCGGAGCUGGACGGGACUCUGAGGAAGGUUCUGUUUUGGCAGGAGCUGGACCAGCCGAGAGCCAUCGCUCUGGAUCCAGAACGAGGGUACAUGUACUGGACAGACUGGGGCGAGGUGCCAAAGAUCGAGAGGGCGGGAAUGGACGGCACCAAUCGAUCGAUGAUCAUCGACAAAGACAUUUAUUGGCCCAACGGUCUGACGCUGGACUACAGCCAGGAGAAACUGUACUGGGCCGACGCCAAACACAACUUCAUCCACCGAUCCAGCCUGGACGGCUCGUCCAGGGAGGUGGUGGUGAAGGGCGAGCUGCCUCACCCGUUCGCCCUCACACUGUACGAGGACACGCUCUUCUGGACCGACUGGAACACGCACUCCAUCCACUCGUGUCGCAAGCAGAACGGCGGCGAGCAGCGCGUCGUCCACGCCGACAUCUUCUCGCCCAUGGACAUCCACGUCUUCAGCGCCAAGAGACAACCUGCCUGUGAGUGUCUCACCCUCGUGUCCUCCAUGUUUUUGUUAUUAUUUAUUCAGAUUUUAAAAUGUGUAAACGUGUGUGUUUGUGUCGCAGUGAAUAGUCCGUGCUCGCUGAACAACGGCGGAUGUUCCCACCUCUGCCUCCUGUCACCGAACAAGCCUCACUAUCAGUGCGCAUGUCCCACCGGAGUCCAGCUGCUGGAGGACGGGAAGACCUGCAGAGAUGGUGCGACUCAGGUGUUGCUGCUGGCCCGGCGGACCGACCUGCGGCGGAUCUCCCUGGACAUGCCGGACUUCACCGACGUCAUCCUGCAGGUGGACGACAUCCGCCACGCCAUCGCCAUCGACUAUGACCCGGUGGACGGACACAUCUACUGGACGGACGACGACGUGAAGGCCAUCCGGCGCUCCCUGCUGGACGGCAGCGACGCCCAGUUCGUGGUCACGUCUCAGGUGAACCACCCGGACGGCAUCGCGGUCGACUGGAUCGCCCGCAACCUGUACUGGACCGACACGGGGACGGACCGCAUCGAGGUGACCCGCCUCAACGGGACCAUGCGCAAGAUCCUGAUCUCGGAAGACCUGGACGAGCCCAGAGCCAUCGUCCUGGACCCUGUGGCCGGGUACAUGUACUGGACGGACUGGGGGGAGCUGCCAAAGAUCGAGCGGGCGGACCUGGACGGACUGGAGCGCGUGGUGAUGGUGAACACGUCGCUCGGCUGGCCCAACGGCCUCGCGCUCGACUACGAGGAGCGCAAGAUCUACUGGGGCGACGCCAAGACGGACAAGAUCGAGGUGAUGGACAUGGACGGCACGGGUCGACGGGUGCUGGUAGAGGACAAACUCCCUCACAUCUUUGGCUUCACGCUGCUCGACGACUACAUCUACUGGACGGACUGGCAGCGGCGCAGCAUCGAGCGCGUCCACAAGCACACGGCGGAGCGGGAGUUCAUCAUCGACCAGCUGCCCGACCUCAUGGGUCUGAAGGCCGCCAACGUGCACAAGUACUCUGGUACGAACCCGUGCGCAGAGAACAACGGCGGCUGCAGCCACCUCUGCCUCUACAAGCCUCUGGGCGUCCAGUGCAGCUGCCCCAUCGGCCUGGAGCUCAUCGCCGACAUGCGCACCUGCAUCGUCCCCGAGGCGUUCCUGCUCUUCUCCCGCCACACCGACAUCCGCCGCAUCUCGCUGGAGACCAACAACAACAACGUGGCCAUCCCGCUCACCGGCGUCAAGGAGGCGUCGGCGCUCGACUUUGACGUCACCGACAACCGCAUCUACUGGACCGACAUCACCCUGAAGACCAUCAGCCGCGCCUUCAUGAACGGCAGCGCUCUGGAGCAUGUGGUGGAGUUCGGCCUGGAUUACCCAGAAGGCAUGGCGGUAGACUGGCUCGGCAAGAACCUGUACUGGGCCGACACCGGCACUAACCGCAUCGAGGUGGCCAAGCUGGACGGGCAGCACCGGCAGGUCCUGGUCUGGAAGGACCUGGACAGUCCACGAGCUCUGGCUCUGGAUCCUGCCGAGGGGUACAUGUACUGGACCGAGUGGGGCGGGAAGCCGAAGAUCGACCGGGCAGCGAUGGACGGGACCGGUCGCAUCACGCUGGUCGCAGACGUGGGCCGAGCAAACGGGCUGACCAUCGACUAUGCAGAGCGGCGCCUCUACUGGACCGACCUGGACACGACGCUCAUCGAAUCAUCCAACAUGCUCGGUCAGGAGCGUGAGGUCAUCGCCGACGACCUUCCUCACCCCUUCGGCCUCACCCAGUACCAGGACUACAUCUACUGGACGGACUGGAGCCAGCGCAGCAUCGAGCGCGCCAACAAGACCAGCGGCCAGAACCGCACCGUCAUCCAGGGACACCUGGACUACGUCAUGGACAUCCUGGUGUUCCACUCGUCCCGGCAGGGCGGCUGGAACGCGUGCGCCUCCACCAACGGCCACUGCUCCCACCUGUGUCUCGCCGUCCCCAUCAACAGCUUCGUGUGCGGCUGCCCCGCCCACUUCUCGCUCAACAACGACAACAAGACGUGCAGCGCUCCGACUUCGUUCCUCCUGUUCAGCCAGAAGACGGCGAUAAACCGCAUGGUCAUCGACGAGCAGCAGAGUCCUGACAUAAUCCUGCCGAUCCACGGCCUGAGGAACGUCCGCGCCAUCGACUACGACCCGCUGGACAAACAGCUGUACUGGAUCGACUGCAAGCAGAACGUGAUCCGCCGAGCGCAGGAGGACGGCAACCAGAGCAUGACGGUGGUGGGGAGCGCUCUGGGCGGGCCCAGUCAGGGGCUGCAGCUCUACGACCUUAGCAUCGACAUCUACAACCGCUUCAUCUACUGGACCAGCGAGGUCACCAACGACAUCAACGUGACGCGCACGGACGGCAGCAGGGUGGGCGUGGUCCUGCGGAACGACCACGACAGGCCGCGCGCCAUCGUGGUCAAUCCGGAGAGAGGAUACAUGUACUUCACCAACCUGCUGGAGCGCUCGCCGAGGAUCGAGCGGGCGGCGCUGGACGGCACCGAGCGCGAGGUUCUGUUCUUCAGCGGCCUGGGGAAACCUGUCGCGCUCGCCAUCGACAACGAGGUGGGGAAGUUGUUCUGGGUGGACUCUGACCUGCGACGCAUCGAGAGCAGCGACCUCUCCGGAGCCAAUCGGAUCGUGAUCGCCGACUCCAACAUCCUGCAGCCGGUCGGUCUCACCGUGUUUGGGAACCACCUGUACUGGAUCGACAAGCAGCUGCAGAUGAUCGAGCGCAUCGACAAGACCACGCGCGAGGGACGGACCAAGAUCCAGGCACGCAUCGGGUACCUGAGCGACAUCCACGCCGUCCACGAGCUCGACAUGAGGGAGUACAGUAAACAUCCGUGUACGUGGGACAACGGUGGCUGCUCCCACAUCUGCAUCGUGAAAGGCGACGGGACGACGCGCUGCUCGUGUCCCGUCCACCUGGUCCUGAUGCAGGACGAGCUCUCCUGUGGAGAGCCGCCCACGUGUUCCCCGGAGCAGUUCGCAUGCACGUCCGGCGAGGUCGACUGCAUCCCGCACGCGUGGAGGUGCGACGGUUACGCGGAGUGCGACGACAAAAGCGACGAGGAGAACUGUCCCGUCUGCUCCGAGCUGGAGUUCCAGUGCGACAGCCUGCAGUGCAUCGACCAGAGCCUGCGCUGCAACGGCGACUUCAACUGUCAGGAUCGUUCGGACGAGAGCAAGUGUGAAGUGCGAUGUCCUCUGGACCAGUUCACCUGCGCUAACGGUCAGUGCAUCGGCAAACACAAGAAGUGUGACAACAACAUGGACUGUUCCGACAACUCGGACGAACUCGGCUGCUAUCCGACGGAGGAGCCGCCUCCUCCGCCCAACACCACCAUCGGCUCCAUCGUGGCCGUCGUCAUGGCGCUGUUUGUGGUCGGCGCCGUGUACUUCGUGUGUCAGCGCGUCCUGUGUCCGCAGAUGAAGGACGACGGCGAGACAGUCACCAAUGACUUUGUGGUUCACGGGCCGUCGUCGGUGCCGCUGGGAUACGUGCCGCACCCGAGCUCGCUGUCCAGCUCGCUGCCCGGGAUGUCCAGAGGGAAGUCUGUGAUUGGCUCACUAAGCAUCAUGGGCGGGAGCAGCGGGCCGCCGUACGACCGCGCCCACGUCACGGGGGCGUCGUCCAGCAGCUCGUCAAGUACGAAGGGGACGUACUUCCCACCGAUCCUGAAUCCUCCUCCGUCUCCAGCCACCGUUCGUUCUCAGUACACGCUGGAGUUCGGUUACUCGUCCAACAGUCCGUCCACUCACAGAUCGUACAGCUACCGGCCUUACACCUACCGCCACUUUGCCCCGCCCACCACACCCUGCAGCACUGACGUGUGCGACAGCGACUACACGCCAGGACGCAGGGCGCCGCUCAAGUCCGGCGGCACCGCCGCUGCCAAGGGCUACACCAGCGACCUCAACUACGACUCGGAGCCUUUCCCACCGCCGCCGACGCCGCGCAGCCAGUACUUGUCGGCGGAGGAGAACUGCGAGAGCUGCCCACCGUCGCCUUACACCGAGCGGAGUUACUCCCACCACCUCUACCCGCCGCCGCCGUCGCCCUGUACGGACUCCUCAUGAGCCACCGCCCCACUCUCUGCCCCGCCCCUCACUCCUCCACACAGCUCCGCCCCCUCACUGUAAAUAGCAAUUGUGCAUAUAUGAGGCUAAAAACGGGAACGAGAGACUGACAUGACGGAGGAGGAGGAGGAGGAGGAGGAGCCUUGCGGUAGGAGACAAAGGAGAAACGGAGCUGCGAACAUUUGUACAUUGAAAAGAGAAAAAAAAGCAUAUUUAUAUAUUUUCUAUACAGUGUUUACUGAUGACAUCAUCGAGGUUUGUAUUAAGACAAUUUGUACAUUUUUUUUUUUUUUUUUAAAGGAAAAGAAAAAAAAGGUUUUUAUUAAAAUCAUCACAAACAUACGUUGCCUUAAAGGAGGAGGAGCACAAAACGGCAAGAGGCAAAAUGUACUACUUAUCUGAUGCCAAAUACAAACGUCGUCACGGCGGCGGCAGAAGAGAUGCUCGGCAGCCAUCGUGUCUAUGGUUACCAUGGGAACUGGAUAAGAGAAACAUGGCGACGCAAAACUGGUCAUUUACACAAAACAAACAUGCUUUGUUGGAUCGUGAGUAAAAAAAAAAAAGGCACAUAUUUAUUUAGAUCUACAGAAGAGAGGAGCGUUUCUCUGCAACAAACACUAACAAGGUUAAAUCUACGGAAGCCCAGAAGGAGCGUUUCCCUGCAACAAACGCUAAUAAGGUUAAAUCUACGGAAGCCCAGAAGGAGCGUUUCUCAGCAACAAAUGGUAACGAAGUUAAAUCUACGGAAGCCCAGAGAGGAGCGUUUCUCUGCAACAAACACUAACAAAGUUAAAUCUACGGAAGCCCAGAAGGAGCGUUUAUCAGCAACAAACGCUAACCAUGUUAAAUCUACGGAAGCCCAGAAAGGAGCGUUUCUCUGCAACAAACACUAACAAGGUUAAAUCUACGGAAGCCCAGAGAGGACCGUUUCUCCGCAACAAACGCUAACCAUGUUAAAUCUACGGAAGCCCAGAGAGGACCGUUUCUCCCCAACAAACGCUAACCAUGUUAAAUCUACGGAAGCCCAGAGAGGACCGUUUGUCCGCAACAAACGCUAACAAGAUUAAAUCUACAGAAGCCCAGAGAGGAGCGUUUCUCCGCAACAAAUGAAAACAAAGUUAAAUCUACGGAAGUCCAGUGAGGAGCGAUUCUCAGCAACAAACGCUAACCAUGUUAAAUCUAUAGAAGCACAGAGAGGACAUGACCUAAUCCUUAUAUCAAAAACACAAAAACUUUCUGCCUCUUUUUGAAUUUUGUUUAUUUUUUAUUCUUACUACCUAGAUUCCCUCGUGUCUGCUCUAAGCCUGGACAUGAAGCAGGAAGUGGCGAUGUUGGUGUCACGUGACUCGCAGACGAGAUUUAAACCAAAACAAAUGCUUGUGUUUGACUGUUUUCUUUUUUCUUCUUCUCUCGACAAAAAACCCUAAAACGCUCGCCUGCAUCGUUUUCCUCCACGUCCGCAAUCUGAUUUUCUUUUUUUUAACACAAACACGAUCUUGUGCCUGAGCAAUUUCACACCUUCAUAUCUUUUUUUUUUAAUUAUUGUUGUUAACUUUGAUGAAAAAAAACAAAAGGAACUCCAGUUACUCAUAAAUGCUCUAUAGUAUUUUUGUACCACAUAUUGUGUAGAUAUAACGUAUUUAUAAGCUAUAUAGAGAAUCAUUGUAAAUCUAUCCAUUGAACUCUUGCAGUACUUUUCAUUCCGUUUUUAUAUAUAUAUAUAUAUUAUAUAUAUUGCCUCAUUAUAUUUUUCUACAGAAAAAUCACUCAAACGUACGGCGACAAUCUCAGAUCAGAACAUAUUCAGGUUUCCAUGGAAACAGCGUUUUUUUUGUGUGUUUUUUUUUUCUUGGUGGCAGAUGUGUGCUCGUCUGGGUUGUCAUGACAACCGCAGAUACACUUUCGGAGAUGUCCUUGGUCACAACUGAUUGGUUUGUUGUUUUGGUUUAAAGAGAAAACAUCCAGCACAAAUUUUUUUCCCUAGACAAUCGAAGAAUUUUUACCGUUCAAAGUCGAAAAACGUACACUGAAUCGUAAUUUUUAUCCAGAAAUUUUAGAUUAAAUUCGAAAAAAAUGUUUUUAUUUUUUCAAAAAAAGAAUUGAAUAAAAUUUCCAUUUUUUGACAAAUUUAUGGCAUUUAAAAUUUUUUUUUUUUAUAGCAGCCAUUUUGUGACAAGUAAAAUCUGUUAAUUCAUGUUGAAAUGGCUGCUGUGGAAUGGUUGUCCCCCCUCAUAAAAAUAUUUGUCAUACUUUUUUGAAGUAAAGUUUUUAAUCCGACCAAAAAGUUUGUUCAAAACUAAAAGCACAUUAGAAAUUUUUUUUUUUACAAAAAUGUGACAAAAGUUUCUUAAAUUUCUACAGAAUUGCCAAAUGUGUUAAUACAUUAUAGAAGCAGCACAAAUAACUCGUCUCUCAGAAUCAAGAAAAAAAAUCAACGAGACUGAGUCGUGAUGUAAUUUCCUGUAUUAUAAUUUUUUUAAUUUUAUACAACCCAGUGCCAAAGUAUGUGAUUUUGGAAAAUUUUACUUUGAAGAGUUUUUACCGUCAGUUUUUCCUGAAGCGAAACACAAACCAAUGAGAGCAGCGACGUUUUUCUCGGGCCAGUACAUGAACAUGUGACGACAUCUCAUCGCUGCCGACCGCGUACGAUUCACGAGUCCACAUCAGAUGGAAGAAUUUUUGGGAAAGGUUCUCAUUCGCUAACUGCACUUUACAGGACUUUUUUUUUGUUUUUGUUUUUUUUUUUACCGGUACAAACAUCGUGGUCAUAGUUGUGUGAUGAUGAAUUUCAAAAUAACACGCUCAAAGUUUGGAUCUAUGGAGCCUCAUUGGUGGCAAAAAAAUAAAAAAAAUUGCUUGAUUUUUUUUCCGCACGUUUUUCACGUUAGCAAAAUGAAACCUGAACUUUUAAUUAAAAAAUUUGAUAAAUCAAACUUUUAGAUAAAGAAUCUGAAAUAAAUUUGAGUCGUUUAAUUUUGAAGGACUCAAAUUAAAACAUUGAUAUUGUUUCCGUCUCGAUUUAAGUCAUGUUAAAUUUAAACAUUUUAAAGCAUAAUUUUAUAAAUUAAAAGUUGAAUUUUGCUAAUCUGAAAAAUUUUGUUGAAGUUUGCGGGAAAAACGUUGAACUUCAAAGAUCGUGAUGCGUUGUUUCAGAACGCGAGUUGAAAAAAAAAAAGGUCAAAGAAAGUUGGUACGUUUCGGGUUUUUUUUGUUUUGUUUUUAAAGAAAAGCACUUUGUCUCCAGGUUCAAACGGGAAACAAAAGUUUGUGUCGUUUGUCUUUUUAAAUGUCCUUCAUCGGUUUCUGUUCCCAUGGUGCUUUGCGAGGACGUUGGCGGCGACAAAUGGAACGAUUCUCGACUUUUCUAUGAUGACUGCUUCACCUGUAAACGCAUGGACGUGUUCAUGUCAUCCAGCUGCCUCAUAAGCUGAUGUAACUCAUGAUGCUGAUUUUUAUUUUUUUCCUUUUGUUAAAUAUAAAGUGAGUGAACUUUGA